AUGGAUGCACCCCAGCUUGAAGCUACGCAGUGCCAAUGGUCUGCAUCAGCCUCAGUGUCGCCGGCAUCGACUCCGCCAACCCCAUGGGAAGAAGUCGAGCCAUGUUGCCCGGUGUUUGAGGAUGUCAUUCUCCACGUGGAUAACAUCGUAUGUGCUUUAAAAAUGCCCCGAGGGGUUGCUCGCAGGGGCCAGGAGCUCGUGCAGCAGUUCGUUUCAACGACGGCCGCUCUGGAUCCCUUGUCUACUUUGGAAUUGUGCUGCCUGUUCAUGCAAUUCAUCAUGCAAGGUAUCACGCAGGGCAGACACGGAGAUCUGGACAUAUCUGUUCUCCACCAAGCUUUAAACACGGUGCAUGUCGAUCUCCUGCAGAAUGAGAAUAUCCACACCUUCCUUGCGUUGAUGAAGCAGGACAAGAGCCGAGAUCGACUCAUCUUGAAGGCUUAUUUCCAAGCAUGCAGGGAAACAAGGUCACCUUGUGCUGUGGGGAUCAGUAGUCUCCUGGCCGAUGUCGAUCGCGGGAGUGCGCAGAUCUUUGCUCUGUUCAACGGACAGGGCGUCGAGUCUUAUUUUGACGAGCUGCUGGCGGCUUACGACGUCUAUCAACCCCAGCUAGCUUCUUUCAUUCACACGGUUUCCAAUCCACUCAUACAUCUGGCCCGUGAUGCUCGAUUCAAUGCUUUGUUCCCACACGGAUUAGAUGUAGAGCAAUGGCUUCGAGAACCGGAAUCUCGUCCAAGUUCUUCUUACCUCACCAGUGCCUCCGUGAGUUUUCCGCUGAUUGGGCUCUCUCAAUUCCUGCAGUAUGCUAUUGCAUGUGUCAACCUGGAUCAGUCACCGGCAGAAUUACGCCAUAUCUUUUCCGGCGCUAUUGGUCACUCUCAAGGAAUUGUGGUUUCGUCUUUCAUUGCCGCUGCCGAUUCCUGGGAUUCACUCUGCAAUGCAGCCCAACAGGCGGUGGAGUUACUCUUCUGGAUUGGCUCUCGAUGCCAGCAGCAGUUGCAGGGUGUAUGUCCUGUUCUGAUUCCAUCCAGCUGCAUGCUCAGCGUCAAGGGUCUCUCUGAAGUUGAUCUUCAGCGUCACCUAGAUCAACUCAACCUUCAUUUGCCAAAUGAAGAGGCAGUCUACCUGGCCUUGGUAAAUGGACCAGAACAGUUCGUUGUCGCUGGAUUACCUCACUCAUUGCGCGCCUUGGAGCAGAAGAUCAGCUCAGGCCAACAACAAGCCAAGGCUGUGAAGCCAAUUGCCUCUAGCAAACUUCGACCGGUAGUACACACUAAACUUCUGGCCAUCACGGCUCCCUUUCAUUCACCUUAUCUCCAAGGAGCGGAGACUCAGCUUCAGACUGACCUUGCUGAAUUCUCAUUAUCUGGCUCACAGCUGGCGUUCCCUGUGUUCCACACCGAAACUGCAGAGAACCUGCAGACGUUUGAUAAUAUUGUUCCCCACUUAAUCAAGAUGAUUUGUACCCAGCGAGUUCAAUUUGAAAAGGUCAUCAACAACAACUUGACCGGAGUAACACAUGUCCUUGACUUUGGUCCAGGUGGAGAGAUUGGCAUGGGAAGUCUAGUGAACUACCAGCGAGAGGGCACGGGACUACGAACUCUGGUUCUGAGUGCGGCCCGAGGAGUCACUCACGGUGACUCUUCUGUUGUGGGAUUUGCAAGUGAGCUGUAUGCCCACAACAAACCAACUAUCUUCAACUCUGUGUGGGGAGACGACUAUUCGCCGCGCCUGAUGCAGCUUACUGGUGGAUCUCACUUGGUCGACACCAAUUUCAGUCGGCUAUUAGGAGUUCCACCUGUUAUGGUUGCCGGCAUGACCCCGACAACGACUUCCUCGGAAUUUGCAGCAGCUGUUAUGAACGCUGGAUAUCACGUUGAGUUGGCUUGCGGAGGAUUCCCAGACCCCGACAGCAUGCGUCGUGGGAUCUUAGCCACGGCAGCUGCGAUUGUCCCCGGCCGCGAUAUCACUUGCAAUGUCAUAUACGCCAACCCUCGAGCCAUGUCCUGGCAGAUCCCCCUUCUAGUGGAGCUCAGCCAUUCUGGUGUUCCUAUCACGGGAUUGACCAUCGGUGCAGGAAUUCCCUCAGUGGAGGUUAUUGAAGGAUAUUUGGCCGAUCUAUCAUUGAAGCAUUUGGCCCUCAAGCCAGGUUCCAAAGAAGGCAUUGAUGGUGUUUUGGCCAUUGCCCGGGCAAAUCCCACAUUCCCAAUUAUCUUGCAGUGGACAGGCGGUCGGGGUGGUGGUCAUCAUUCAUCUGAAGACUUCCAUGAACCGCUCUUGGACCGAUACGCACAGAUCCGCACGCAUCACAACGUGAUUCUCGUUGUGGGAAGUGGCUUCGGUGACGCCGAUCAGACUUAUCCCUACUUGACCGGUUCCUGGUCCCAAAAAUUCGGGUGUGCAUCCAUGCCGGUUGAUGGCAUCUUGCUGGGUAGCCGUGUUAUGGCCGCGAAGGAAGCACAAACCAGCGCGGCCGUGAAAGAAGCUAUUGCAGCCACCCCCGGUAUUGCGAAUGAAGACUGGCAAAAGACUUACCAGGGAAAUGCCGGUGGAAUUAUCAGCGUUCGCUCUGAGAUGGGCGAGCCAAUUCACAAGCUGGCAACCCGCGGCGUCAUGUUGUGGGCCGAAUUGGAUAAGUCGGUAUUCUCUCUGCCACGAAACGAACAGAAGGCCGCUCUGCUUGCCCGCAAAUCCUACUACAUCAAGUGUCUCAAUGAAGAUUUCCAAAAGGUGUGGUUUGGCAGAAAUCUCCAUGGUGAAGUGAUCGAUCUGCACGAAAUGACCUACGCUGAAGUCUUUUCACGCAUGAUCGAGUUGCUGUACCUCAGGGUGUCUCAACAAUACAUCGAUCUCUCAUGGAAAACCUUGGUAUGGGAUUACACUCACCGGCUGGAGGAAAGACUUGGAGGAAAGGACCAGCCUGGCCUUCUCCGCCGUCUAGAGCAGCUGGACGAUCCAGAACAAUUCCGGGAAGUCCUUUUCGCCCAGUAUCCUCAGGCGUGUGUCGACGUGUUGACAACCGCCGAUGUGGAGUACAUCCACUUGCUUUCUCGUCGACGAGGGCAGAAACCAGUGCCAUUUAUCACACUUUUCGACGAAGACUUUGAAUACUGGUUUAAGAAAGACUCCCUAUGGCAGUCGGAGCGCUUGGAAGCUGUCGUUGAACAGGAUGUCGGUCGCGUUUGUAUAUUGCAUGGGCCAGUGGCUGCUCAAUACACGCAGUCUGUCGAUGAGCCUGUCAAAGCUAUUCUCGAUGGCAUUCACGACAAGCACAUUUCUUGGGUCCUUCGCGACAAAUAUUUGGGGGAUCUUGCACGGAUUCCCUUGGCAGAGCACCCUAACAGCCCUUGCUGGCCUAUUGCAGGUGUUCAUUUGGAUGCAGAGCCGGAUGGAAAGACAGUGAAAUUCAUCGUCACCAACAAUCCGCCAGCUUCAGAGACUUGGCUGGAAUUGCUGGCCGAUACCGCUGCUUCGCCAUGGUGUCGUGCUAUACUCACCGACCGGAAUAUUGUCCAGGACAGAACAGUAGUGCAGAAUCCUCUCUUGAGAUUAUUUGCGGCAAAAUCAGGUUUGGUUGUUGAGUUUCGCAACCUACAAUCCCCAAGAGAAACUGAAAUUCUGCUCAAAGAGGUUCAGACUGAUGUCAAUGGAGCAGAGAACUUGCUAGCAGUUGCGUCACUUCGCUGUAACCAUGAGGGCCUGAUUAUUUUGACUCUGUCUGAUCGAACGGUUUCCGGUAGAAUGCCGAUUGAUCUGGUCUUCAUGUUCAACUACCAGCCUUGCGGUGGUGCCCUCGCUAUUCAUGAGGUGACGUCGGAUCGAAACCGGCGUAUCAAGCAAUUUUAUCAGUCAAUUUGGAUUGGAAAGCAUGAGCUACCGGUUACUUCCGACUUUGUAUUCCGGGGUGAAGACAUUGUUCUAGACCGGAAGACAAUUUGUCGAUUUGCACAAAGCGUAUCAAAUCGAAACCCUGUCUAUUACAACUCUCGCUCAAAUGGUUUAAUUAUGGCUCCACUGGACCUAGCUAUUGCAGUAGCUUGGAAGCCCCUCAUGAGCAGCGUGUUCCCUGAUGUCGCUUCCGGGGAUUUCCUUCGCUUGCUUCACCUCAGUGCAGGGUUUGAGCUUUGUGAUGGAGUCGCGCCAUUGCAGGAGGGAGAUCGUCUUUCAUCAGACGGUCGUCUCGUCUCUGUGAUGGUGAAAGCAGGAUCUGGUAAGGUCGUGGAGGCAGAAGCAACCAUCUACCGUGAAUGCAUACCGGUAGUCCGCUUGAAGAGCAAAUUCAUUUUACUUGGGUCCUACCCCGAAAAUGAAGAAACCUUCGAAAUUCGAGAGGAAAAGUGGCGGCUGCCUUUAGAUUUGAAGAAGCAUGUAGCUCUUCUUCAAUCAAGACCCUGGUUCCACGCGGAAGGCAGAGUCGAUUUGCUGGAUCAUGUCCACCACACGUUGGAUGUUCAUACAACGAGCCGCAUUUGCUAUACAGCCGCUGACUCCGCCCCUCGGCUCGAGGUUGAGGGUCAGAUAAUCUGGAAAUCAGGUUCAACAUCGGAAGUUGAAAUUCUCGGUUCGAUCAAUUUUUCUGCUCCGGCCAUGGGUUCCCGAAACCCCGUCACAGACUACUUCGAACGACAUGGGUCCUCGACUUCAAACAAGGAAUGUCUCUUUGAUUCACCUCAAGCUCUGAUGGAAAACAUUUUGGUCACCAUUCCUGACGCUGGCGUCCAGUAUGCCCAGGCAUCUGGUGAUUGCAAUCCUAUUCAUCUGUCCAGCUUGCUUGCUAGCUAUGCAGGCCACGACUCACGAGUUACCCAUGGAAUGUUCACUAGUGGGUAUGUGCGCAGUCUUGUUGAAUCGCAUCUCGCCCGUAACGAUGUUUCCCGCAUGCGAUCCUGGUCGUGCACAUUUGAUAGCAAGGUCUGUGCUGGGGAUCAGUUAUCUAUUGGAAUGAACCACACUGGAAUGUACGAAGGAAAGAUGCUCUUGAGUAUCCAGGUGCAUAAUGUGCUCACUGGGAUCAAAGUACUCUCCGCGCAAGCCGCCAUUGAGCAACCAAAGACAGCAUAUGUCUUUACAGGACAGGGCAGUCAGCAGCCAAACAUGGGUAUGGCUUUGAAUGACAGCAGCCUGGCGGCACAAGAGAUUUGGAGGACGGCCGACGAGUUCUUUGAGAAUAUCUAUGGCUUUUCUAUCACACACAUUGUGCGCAACAACCCUAAAACUCUAACUGUACACUUCGGUGGAUCACGAGGCCGCGCAAUUCGAGAAAACUAUAUUUCCCUCACGUUCGAUGCGGUAGAUGAUGACGGCAAGACUACGUGCAAGCCCGUCUUCCCCAAUAUUACCCGAGCAACUCGUUCCCAUUGCUUCCGGUCAGUCGAUGGUCUGCUCCAUGAAACUCAAUUCACACAGCCAGCGCUGGCCUUGAUGGAGAUUGCACGUUUCGAAGACAUGCGAAGCCGAGGAGUGAUUGAAGAAAGGAGUCAUUUUGCCGGUCACUCGCUAGGUGAAUAUGUAGCUCUAACGGCCAUGGGACGUAUUUUCUCGAUCCAAAAGGUUGCUGGCUUGGUCUUUUAUCGGGGUCUCACCAUGCAAAAUGCUGUCCAGCAGGACUCACAAGGAGCCACUCAAUACUCUAUGUGUGCUGUUAACCCCACUCGAGUGUCGAAGACAUUUACCCAGAAUGACCUUACAUGGUGCGUGGCAGAAAUUGCGCGACAGACUGGAGGGCUACUGGAGAUUGUGAAUUACAAUGUCAGUCACCUCCAGUAUGUAUGUGCCGGUGAUCUCCGGGGACUGGCAACGUUGACACAGCUCAUGGAUGCAUUGGCGUCGCAUUCGAUGAGUACACAGUCAAAGCCGGAAUUACAGCACUUCAUCCAGCAAUCCCUAGAAGUAUUGGACAGCCGAACAGGACCAGUGAUUCUCCAACGAGGUCGGGCAACUAUUCCCCUCAAGGUGAACGUACCAUUCCACAGCAGCCUUCUUCGCCCUGGUGUCCAGUCUUUCCGACAGUUCUUGAGUCGCAAUCUGGCCGAGUCUUCCAUCGAGCCUGAGCGACUGGUAAAUAAGUACAUUCCUAAUCUCACUGCGAAACCGUUUGAACUGUCCAAACCGUACGUUGAAAGUGUACUUGCUCUCACUGACAGUCCUGUGUUGGAGAAUCUCGUCUGCAAUUGGGAAUCCAUGAUUGAUGGAAAAUACGAUAAAAAGUCUCUAUUUCCUUGGUAG